CGCGGGCGGGGCUCUGUCGCCGUCGCCCCGCCGGCAGGGGCGGAUGGCCGCGGCGCUGCGCAGCGCUCGCCGCUUCCUGCUGCUGCCGCCGCAGCCAGCGGCGGGCCCGGGCCGGCUGGGCUGCCCCGGCGCCGCCAUGCAGCAGCCCGCCGCGCUCCCGGCGCGGCCCGGCGGCCCCGAGGGCGGCGCGCAGGCGGGCGGCGGGGGCUGGUUGGGCGCGCUGCGCUUUGACAACCUGGCGCUGCGCUCGCUGCCGGUGGACGCCUCGGAGGAGGGCGGGCCGCGGGCCGUGCCCGGCGCCUGCUUCUGCCGGGUGCGCCCCAGCCCGCUGCAGAACCCGCGGCUGGUGGCCAUGUCGCUGCCGGCGCUGGCGCUGCUGGGGCUGGAGGCGCCGGCGGCCGAUCCGGAGGCGGCGGAGGCCGAGGCGGCGCUGUACUUCAGCGGGAACCGGCUGCUGGCGGGCUCGGAGCCCGCGGCGCACUGCUACUGCGGCCACCAGUUCGGCAGCUUCGCGGGGCAGCUGGGCGACGGCGCCGCCAUGUACCUGGGCGAGGUGCUGGGCCCGGGGGGCGAGCGCUGGGAGAUCCAGCUCAAGGGCGCCGGCCUCACCCCCUUCUCCCGACAAGCUGACGGUCGGAAAGUCCUGCGGUCGAGCAUACGGGAGUUCCUGUGCAGCGAGGCUAUGUUUCACCUAGGAAUACCAACAACGAGGGCUGGAACGUGUGUGACAUCUGACUCAAAAGUCAUCCGUGACAUAUUUUAUGAUGGGAAUCCAAAAAGUGAAAGGUGUACAGUUGUUCUGAGAAUAGCUUCUACGUUUAUAAGAUUUGGUUCUUUUGAAAUUUUUAAACCUACUGAUGAAUACACAGGACGCAAGGGUCCCAGUGUUAACCGAAAUGAUAUUCGAAUACAGAUGCUUGAUUAUGUGAUCAGCACCUUCUAUCCGGAAAUCCAGGAGGCUUAUUCAGACAACAGUAUUCAGAGGAAUGCCGCUUUCUUCAAAGAGAUAACAAAACGGACAGCAAGAUUGGUUGCUGAAUGGCAAUGUGUCGGGUUUUGCCAUGGCGUGCUGAAUACAGAUAAUAUGAGCAUAGUUGGACUAACCAUCGACUACGGCCCUUUUGGAUUUAUGGACAGAUAUGACCCUGAGCACAUUUGCAAUGGUUCUGAUAAUACAGGGCGCUAUGCUUACAACAAGCAGCCAGAGAUAUGCAAGUGGAACCUGGGGAAACUUGCUGAAGCCCUAGUUCCAGAACUGCCCUUGGAAAUAAGUGAGCUCAUCCUGGAAGAGGAAUAUGAUGCAGAAUUUGAGAAACAUUAUUUAUGGAAGAUGAGGAGGAAAUUAGGCUUAAUCCAGCUGGAAUUAGAAGAAGAUAGUAAGCUCGUGUCUGAACUCCUUGAAACCAUGCAUCUCACAGGUGGAGACUUCACAAAUAUUUUCUACUUGCUGAGCUCAUUCUCUGUAGACUCUGAUCCUUCAGAAUUGGAAGAUUUCUUAGACAAGCUCACAAGUCAGUGUGCUUCUGUGGAAGAACUGAAAGUUGCUUUCAAACCACAGAUGGAUCCAAGACAACUGUCAAUGAUGCUCAUGCUGGCUCAGUCUAAUCCUCAGCUGUUUGCAUUAAUUGGAACAAAAGCUAAUAUAAAUAAAGAAUUAGAACGUAUCGAGCAAUUCUCUAAACUGCAGCAGUUAACAGCAGCUGAUUUACUCAGCAGAAAUAAAAGACACUGGAAAGAAUGGCUGGAGAAAUACAGAGUCCGUUUGCAAAAAGAAACAGAGAGUGUCAGUGAUGCUGAUGCCUGGAAUACUGAGCGUGUGAAGGUCAUGAAUUCAAACAAUCCAAAAUACAUCUUGAGAAAUUAUAUUGCCCAGAAUGCCAUAGAAGCAGCUGAAAAUGGGGAUUUCUCAGAGGUAAGAAAUGUCCUGAAACUCUUGGAGAAUCCAUUCCAGGAAGCCGAAGGCUUCAGGGAGGUACAGGAAGAUACUGAAGAGGAGGGGGCAACUGCUACAGCAGCUGCUUGUGCUCAAGAGACCAGAAGCAGACUACCAUAUUGCAGUAAACCUCCACUGUGGGCUUCGGAGCUCUGCGUUACAUGAUCUUCAUAACUGCCUUGUUUUAUUUCUUGCUGUGAACUGAAGACUCUGAUCCUCCUUCAGCAGUGAAGAAUUCAGCAAGGCAAACAUCAAAGUGCUAUUAAGUUAUUGAAACAGCCCUACAUUUGGAUGCGUCUGCAGCGGUCUUCAGCUGUGUGUCAUUUGAAGCAAUCAUGGGUCAGCAGAACAAACGAAUGGCAAUUGAUAGUCUGUAAACAUCAGUAAUUUAAAUGUUUUGAGACUGAAAGUCCUUCCUUUAUUCAUACCGCAUUGCAAGUAGAAAGCAAUAUUUUACGUUGAGGCAGGCUGAAUUUCGAACAUCCAAAUGGAGGUGUUACGUGAAGACAAAAAUAGCAAGUCAGGAAUCUGAUCUGUUUUUGUCUGAUGUCUUAACUAAUAGUACUUCUAACAUUUAUUUACUGCUUUCUCUAUGCAGGGACUUCUAGUCCUCUUUAAUGGAGGAAUAGAUUCACCGUUGCUUGUUUUAAGCUAUGUUUCAUUUAAUUAAGUAGUUAAUUUCUUGUGAACCUUCAGAUUGAUAUUUAUUUUUAGAGAAUUUGUGCAGGCUAGGGUUUGGGGGGAGCAACUGAAUGUAAUGGGUUUGGUUUUGGUUUUAGUUUUUGUUGUUUGUUGUUUGUUGUUUUUUAAACACAGUAGGAGCAGAAUUAAGGGAGACUAUGUCUAUAUUUGCACUUGAAAAUCAUGGUGGUAAAGUUUCUUCAGGUUCAGUAUAUUUGCAUACAACAUGUGUAAAUAUUUACUAAAAUCAUGUGUGCAGUUUGUAAGCCAAUUGGCUUGGGCAAGGUCAGUUAGCCAAAUUAGCGUGAACCUUGAACUACCCCAGAACUCAAAUCCAGGUUCACUGUCUGUCUGUGUGCUCUUCAGAGUCUCCUUGUCCGAGAAGCGUGCAGGCAGGGUCAGUGGGAGUCCUCCAUUCCCACUCCGGGCUGUACCACUUUGUUUGCUUCCAUGGUCUUUGAAAAGCUUUGCGCUGAAAGUUGCUGUUCAGGAAACGUGCUGUUUGAGCUUGUGUGAAAGCUUAUAGAGGAUAUGGGAGGAGGACGGGAGCUCACUUGCUUUCGGGUUACUUAUAGAUAGUGUUUUAGUUGAGGUUUCAGGGGAAAGUUGGUUGCCAUUAUUGCCACAUGAGCAAAAAAAGUUGUUCCUUACAUUAGUUAUUACUUAACUUUCUGAAUUUCUUUCUAAAAGACUCUAUUACUGGUUCAGAUACCUGAAAUCUUGGGAAAAUUUUGGUUUAAUGCAAAGGUUUCUCUUUUCCAAAGUGACUACCGUCUUACACUGUGAGUUUAAGUGUAUCCUAGUAAAUUCUUCCUCCACCCCUGUGCAAGCUUGGUGUUCGCUCAGGUUGAAUUGUGCUCUUUUAAGUCUUCCUCAAAAUACAAGCUAUCAAAAACCAGAGAGAACAGUUGGGCUACUGCUUAUCCAUCUGUACCACUAAUCAACCUGUCCUCCUGCUGGCACGGUAAAUAGGUGAUGCUUUGAAUGUAAACAUCAUUCUGUCUCGCCUUCGAACUGGAGGGACUGAUACAGAACAAUGAUUUGUGACAAACUGGAACAUCUGACAAACCUGGCACUUCCUGUGACGUUUUGGGGUCCGUUCAGAAAAGGACAGACUUGAAGGUGUAUUUGCCUCGGCUGUGGAAGAACGGUGUAGUUGAAAGAGGAAGUGCCUUGAAGAAGUGGGCAACGAGUAAUGCUAGCGGGUGCAGCCAGUCGUCGUCUAGAGAUAAGCCGUUUUUGUAGGAGUUUGUCACUGGGGAUUAUCGUUCCUCUGAACUUGGCAGUACUGGAACCAAACUGUUCAAUGGAAACUUUAACAGAAAGUCAGUGCUGGGUAAAAAGGACCGCACCAGGGGAGGGGCGGGAGGGGAGGUCUGCUGGCAAUUUGAAAGGCACUUCAAAUAUACCCCCUGGCAAAUUUGCAGUGGUCUCUUAUGCUGUGCCUGGUCCAGAAGGGAGUAACAGAGGGGAGAAGUUGCUCCCAGCUGAUGCACACACCUCUGCGCUGAUUUUGUUUUUUCUCAAUUCAUAUCUUUCCUUUUGGGAUGCAGAGGAGAACAGCACUUUGGAGGAUCUCUGCCCAAGCUUUUGUCUUAACAGAAUGGUCUAAAAAGUAAUGAUUUUACACCACACCUGAGUGAUCAAGUCUUUUUAACUGUAUUCUGAUAUUAAUUUGGAGGGGUUGAGUAGACCUCUAUCAAUAAUGGUAUGGAGAAGGAGAAUGAUGAUAUAACCGUGUGUUUCCAUAUUGGAGAAGUUGAAUUAACUUCCAAGUUAGUUUGUGUUUAAAGAUAUAAAUUAUUUUGCACCUAUAAAGCCAAAAGCAUGGAGACAGAGAUACUUUGAAAUAAUUUGCUAGCAAUUUUAUUCUUAAAAAGAAAGUUGAAUGUAACAGUGAGGAGUGAAAAUGUGGUGUCGUUUCCCGCUAAAUACAUUCUUUGCUCGCAUAUAGAUCAAGUGCAAGAGGUCUAGAAAGCUUGAAAUGAUGACUCCAGACCCUUGGUGUGGCUGCUUUGGUGUGCCACUCAGUGAAGUAAUAUUUGUAACUGAUGCAGUAUGUUCAUGGACUGGUAGAAAUACGAAGAGGGUAUUCACACAGCCUAACUGCGCUGACAUUCAACUGCUCUGUUUCCCAGUGCAUACAAUAAUAUCGGUGCUCUGUAUUUGAAGAAGAGUGAUGAUCAGAAGCCAAGUGGAAUGCUUGUGCUUUUGUAGCACCCUUAUUUCAAAAGGCAGAUAAUAGUUUCGGCUCUGAUGAUAGUUUCUUCUGUUCUUGUUCCUGGAGCAGUGUGGAAGCAGGAGGUUGUUCAGGAUAAUUAGACCAGAUUUUGUCCAGGAAAGAACUUUAUCUCGUAGCUCAGUUCUUCAGAGAGAAGGGAAUACAGCUUAUAACAUUUGGGAGUCUAAAUACUUGAAUCAUAAAUUGCUGCUUGAUUUUUUUACAGCUUGUAUUUGCAAUAGGUAAACCUGAAAAUAAUAUUUCUUACUGGUCAAAUAUUCUGCUUGUAUAAAAGCCGUGGACUUGUGCUCAAAAUGAAUUGGUGACUCUUCACAUCAACAGCUUUCUGUGGAAACACUUGAUUAGGCUUAGUCUGUGGCUACACAGCCUGAGCUACCCUUGCAUAAAAGCAAGUGGUACCCAGGUUACAGAACUGAAGGGAGAAGCUCUUGGAGACGGAUCUCUGGAUAGUCUCACGUCGUAGUAGGACUUCUCUCAUCACUUCAUAAAAUCGCAUCAUAACUGUGCUUCAUGGGCUUGUAAAUCUAUCUACACUUGCGGAAUGUUUUACUGUCAGCUCUCACUUUGGCAUGUCUUGUGGGGUUUUUUGUUUGUUUGUUUUGGGGUUUUUUGUUGUUUUUGGUUGGUUGGGGUUUGUUCGUUUUGGGUUGUUUUUUUCCCCAAACAAGUGCUAUGGCUUUCUUUGAUUCUUUUAUUAAAAAAAUUUUAAAAUGCAA